AGAAAUAAGAAUGACGUUCUUUUCCUGGUUGCCCGGCAACGGUUCCUAACGCUUAGCAAACACUUUACACUUUGUCUUUUCGUAGAAAGAACGUAUAAGUAUAAUCAGCAUUUGUCAAUUCCCAGAAUAAAUUGCUUAAUAGAAGGUUAUAUUUCUAUACUUGUAAUUAUCAUUAUCAUGGACCUAAAGUUAAAAGACAACCCUCACAAUUAUCAAGUCAAUCGUUUGCCACCCGUGUCAACAGGUUUAACAAGGGACGUAAAUGUUUGUCACCCUGGAGGCUUGUACUAUCAAAGGACUAUAGACCUGGGCUAUGCGCAGCCUCCUGGUGUUGCUGACCCCAGUUGGAAGCUAGAAAGAUAUUUUUCUCCCAUAGUAUUGACUGGAAACUGGACUGAGAAUAGACUAUCGUGGAACAGAGACCAAGCUGAAGAGGCAGAAUGCCUACGACCAAAGACAAGUUCAUAUCUACCUGACAGACAGAAAGCUCUCCAAAACAAACUGAGGAACAACACAGGCGUUGGAGAGGAUCUUAUAACCAAUUACAGUGACAUAUACAACAAUAAUCAGAUUACAAUGUAUGAUGAGGAUUAUAACCAACGUUGGAGAGAAAAAAAUUUACCGACUUUACGAACCUGGAAUUUUACACACGAUGCCUGGAUUCCUGAAAAGAGUGACCAUCCUUAUUUUGGAGCCCCAACACAAUUUGGUUUGCUUAAAGCUUUAAGGAAAAAGUGGGUCAAAAAUCUGAGAGAUGAUGAAGAUACAUACAAUACAAUUUAUCGGCUUGACUUUACAAAAUAUCCUCCAGAAAAAUUCGUGCGCAAACAUGCUACUUGUGUAGCUCCAUUUGCUCGAGCAGAGAGAAGAUUUGGAAACUUACCAUGUGUUUUUCCUCACCUAACAAACCAUCACUAAUUUUUUACUAUUUAUACCUGAUGUAUAAAUACAUUUGACAUUAUUUGUACUUGUGACUUUGACAUUAUUUUACUCUCAAAAAAUCUUCCACAAAACUGCUGCUGUGAUUUCAGAAAUAUGCUUUUUUUUUCUUUUUUAACAUUUAUUUUUUCCAGCUCAAGAUCUACAAAUCAACAAACUGUUGAGCAUAUAUCAUUUUUCUAAGUUCAGAAAUUUGACAUUUAAAACUUGUUCAUUUCAAUCAGACCUCUAUUAUGGUUACUGAUAUAAACAAAACUAAAUUUAUUUUAACUGGUCUGUCAAUCAAAUACUAAAGGUUUUAAUUUGUUUUUUAUUUA